AUGGUGACAAGCGCUUUGGCGACUUUAACGAUCCUCCUGGCGUGGAGUUACUGCGUGUUGGCCACUCAGGUCGCCUUUUCCAACUUCUCCAUAGACAACGAGGUGCGCUCCAGCUUCAUCCAGCGGCGGCUCCGGAGCCAGGAGCGCAGAGAGAUGCAGCGGGAAAUCCUCUCCAUCCUGGGGCUGCCACAUCGUCCGCGGCCGCAUUUCCACACAAAACAAAACUCUGCCCCGAUGUUCAUGUUGGACUUGUACAAUACGAUCUCUACAGACCCAGAGCCGCCCGGAUAUUCUUACUACAAACCCCUAUUACCAACCCAGGCCUCUCCUAUGGUGACCCCACAGGACAGUCGCUUCUUAGAUGACGCAGAUAUGGUGAUGAGCUUUGUCAAUCUCGUUGAUCAGGAUCAAAACCUUCUGUACCAGCACACCAAAAAGGAAUUCAGAUUCGACCUUUCCCGUAUUCCAGAGGGAGAGGCCAUCACAGCAGCAGAGUUCAGGAUUUACAAGGUUUUCAUUCAGGAACACUAUGAGAAUGAGACAUUCAGAGUCAGCAUUUACCAGGUCCUGCAGGAACCUCCAAACAGUGAAGUGGAGCUGCUCCUGCUGGACCAGCGAGAAAUUUGGGCUGCAGAGGAGGGCUGGCUGGUUUUUGACCUUACUGCCACUAGUAACCUCUGGGUGGUGAACCCUGAGCAGAACCUUGGAUUGCACCUGGUCUUGGAGGACAGUCACGGUCAGUCACUGAGCACCCAGCUGGUGGGGCUGCUGACAGGCAGCGGACCCCAGGACAGGCAGCCCUUCAUGGUUGCCUUCUUCAAAGCCAAUGAGGUGCGCUUCCGCAGCAUCCGCUCUGCCCACGGUCAUAAGGGGCGGCAAUCUAACCGCUCCAAACCCCAGAGGACUGUACAUGAUGCACUAAAGGCAGUGGAGGCUGCAACAGAUAAUCUGGGCAUAUCCAAAGAGGGAUGUAAAAAGCAUGAGCUGUAUGUCAGUUUCAGGGAUUUGGGAUGGCAGGAUUGGAUCAUAGCACCAGAGGGUUAUGCAGCAUACUACUGUGAGGGGGAGUGUGCUUUUCCUCUCAACUCCUACAUGAAUGCCACCAAUCAUGCUAUUGUGCAAACUCUGGUGCACUUUAUCAACCCAGAGACUGUGCCCAAGCCUUGCUGUGCCCCCACACAGCUCCAUGGCAUCUCUGUGCUCUACUUUGACGACAGCUCCAACGUCAUCCUCAAGAAGUACCGCAAUAUGGUGGUCAGAGCCUGUGGCUGUCACUGA